AGAGAACAAAUGUUAUGUUUAUGAUCCCUACUAUUGUAUUGCAACUACGACAAUUUAUGUAGCACCUUGAACCUAUAUGACUCUGAAUAUCCCAUUUCUUUUUGCCCGUGUUUUGGUUCAGCAUCUGUUUGGGAUGGAAGAAAAAUUUGAAACUAGCGUUGUUCGUCAUCUGAGAGCUUCACUAUCAACUCUACCGAUUCGCACAAAGGCUAAGUGCCAUAUUCAAUCGGAGCGGUUGAGUUUAACAUCAAGGUGCAAAAGAGCUCAAUAUUCGUGUGGUACCGAAGGGGGGUUCACGCCAAAUGGCCUUACUUUGGUGCAGACCUUAUUUACAAGAUAUCGACUUAUCAUAUAUUGAAUUAGUUAUCGAUUAGUCGGAUAAUUGAUCGUGAAACCAUCGAUAAUGGGGCUGUCACUGUGAUUCCCAGAUCAUACUGGUAAAUCUUCAAUGCUCAACGUCAAAUGUCAACUGAGGCCGCUCGAGGCGGGAGGCGGGUGAAAUAUGAGCUCGGUUACCAAAAACGCUUUGCGCCGCAAUAUUUACAAGUGUGUAUACGGAUAGCCACAGCUCUCUACGUACCUCUACGUACCACACACAUGU